AUGUAUCCUCAACAAUACCCAUCUGUACCAUCUGCACCACCACCAUAUAAUACUGAUAUGCAAUUCAAUCAACAACAAUAUCGUCAGUCAUUACCAAAUUAUCAUACAACUAGUGACGAACGUAUGGCAGAUUUUCAACAACUUGUUGAUCGUUAUGAAAUUAAUCAUACAUUUGCUAAAAAAUUACGUGCUCUUGAAGGAUAUGAAAUUGUAUUCAUUUGUGAUGAUUCAGGUUCAAUGAAUACACCACUUGGUGAUCUCUCGGGUCCUUUUGAUAAAGCACCAUCUCGAUGGGAUGAAUUAAAGCAAACUGUAUCCAUUGUUGUUGACAUUGCAAGUGUUCUUGAUCCAGAUGGUGUUGAUAUUUAUUUUCUUAAUCGUGAACCUUUAUUUCAUGUUCGUAAUUCAUCAGAAUUAAUACCUAUUUUUGCUGUACCACCGUCUGGUCCAACUCCAAUUGUUCCAGUUCUUCGACGUGUACUUCGUGAUAAACAAAAUGAAAUAGAAGAACGUAAAUUAUUGAUACUUUUAGCUACCGAUGGUGUGCCAACUGAUAAUCAAGGUCAUCGAGAUAUUCGUUCAUUUGAAUAUGUUCUUAAACAUGAACGAAAACCUGUUAAUCGUAUACCUGUAACAAUUAUUGCUUGUACAGAUGAUGAUGAUUGUAUUGGAUAUUUAAAUGAUUGGGAUAAAAGAAUUUCUAAUCUUGAUGUUGUGGAUGAUUAUAGAAAUGAAAAACGAGAAAUUCAAGCACGACAAGGAAAACAAUUUCCAUUCAGUUUUGGUGAUUAUGUUGUUAAAAUUCUAAUGGGUGGUGUUGAUAGUUGGUUUGAUGAUUUAGAUGAAAAGAAAGUAAUGACAGAUGGUUAUGGACGAACAACAACAAGUGCCGGUUCUAAUCGUAAGAAGUGGCAUUAAACUAACAUUAUAUUAAACAUGUAUCCACAGCAAUAUCCUGCAUUAUCAUCACCACAAAAUCAAGUUGGUUAUAGUUCAUUACAAGAAACAAAUGAUGAACGUAUGAGAAAAUUUCAAUAUCUAGUUGAUCGAUAUGAAAUAAAUCGAGAAUUCGCAACAAGACUACGAGGAUUAGAAGGAUAUGAAAUUGUAUUUAUUGUCGAUGGUGAUAUAACUGGUCCAUACGAUCGUAAUCCGACAAGAUGGGAUGAACUUCGACAAACAGUUUCAAUUGUCGUUGAUAUUGCUUCUGCUUUUGAUCCAAAUGGUGUUGACAUUUUCUUUUUAAAUCGUCAGCCAAUGCGUAAUGUUAAAAAUGCUGAACAACUUAGUUCUGUAUUUGCUGUCCCACCGGCUGGACCAACGCCAAUUGUUCGUAUACUUCGACAAGUUUUACAAGAAAAACGGCUUGAAGUUCAAGAACGUAAAUUAUUAAUAUUGAUUGCUACAGAUGGUAUACCAACAAAUGAUAGUGGACAACAAGAUACAAAAACAUUAGAACAUGCACUUCGUCAUGAACGAAAUCCAAUUAAUCGCAUUCCAGUUACAAUUAUAGCUUGUACAGAUGAUAACGAAUGUAUUGGUUAUCUUAAUGAUUGGGAUAAGAAAAUACCUAAUAUUGACGUUGCUGAUGAUUAUAGAUCAGAAAGAGAAGAAAUACAUAAAGCACAAGGAAAAGAUUUUCCAUUUAGUUUUGGUGAUUAUGUUGUCAAAGUACUAAUGGGUUCUGUGGAUAAUUGGUUUGAUACACUUGAUGAACGUCGUGUAACUGGCAGUGGUCCACCAGAUCGACAUGCGCAAAAAGGAAAAAGGAAAAGUACAUGUUGUAGUUCGUAA